AUGAAUUUGAUGAAUAAUUAUGAAAAUAAUCAUAAUAAUUCAUUUGAAUUGAUAUCAGUGACAUCACACUCGUCACCGUCACCACCAUCACCAUCGUCGUCAUCAUCAUCAACAACAUUAUCCUCCCUGGUACGCUCCUCGUCCACAGGUGUCGAAUGUACAGUUAUACCAAGUUUAAAACACUUUGAACAAUUCUAUGCAUCAUAUCAUGCUUAUCUAGCCUGUAUAAUCUGUUUAUUCGGUACAGGAACUAAUCUAUUGAAUGCUAUUGUUCUGACACAAAAACAAAUGCAUAAUCCAACAAAUACAUUAUUAACUGGUAUAGCUAUUGUAGAUAGUUUAAAAAUGCUUGGUUAUGGUUUACAAGUGAUUUAUCUACACUUUAUGACAUCCCCGUAUCCAGAUAAAUAUCCACAUAGUCAGCUGGCUGUCCACUUAAUACUCAUUCAUCAUAUGCUUAGUAUUGGUAGUCAUACAAUAUCAACAUGUUUACUGGUUCAAUUAGCUAUUUAUCGGUGUUGGAUAUUAUAUUCAAAUAAAUUGAAAGAUGUAUUAAAACUGAAAAGACAGUCUAUGCGAAAGUGGUUAAUGAUAUCAUCAAAGAAACGGUUUAUUAUUUAUUGUUAUAUUAGUGCUGGCCUGUUAGGCAGUGUAUUAUGCUUGCCAACAUUUAUUAUAUAUCAAUGUGAAUUAAUUAAUAUAACGACUACGUUGGAAGGCUAUAAUGACAAUAAUCACAGCGUGAAUGUCAGUCACAAUAAUACCGGUACUAAUGUAACUGAUAAUCAACAAUUAUUAUACUAUUGGUUUAAAUUACGCAAUACCAGUGGGCAGACAUUAGAACGUGUCCACUUUAUUCUCUAUGGAUGUUUUGUAAAGAUUUUAGCCUCAAUAUUGAUUGUUAUUUUUACAAUAUUUAUAUUAAUUGUAUUACAUGAAGCCCGAAAAAGGUAUAAAAAGUUACAACAAUUACCAAUUGAAAUACAUAUUAAUGAUGAUAAUAAUAAUAAUAAUAGCAACAACACCCACAACAUGAACACCAACAACACCACCAACAAGAACAACAACGGCGAUCAGAUGGUAAUGAUAACGAUGAAAGAGGCAUCAAAAAAUCAUCAUACGCAUUUACAAGUCAAUAAUACUAUAACACCUGACCAUAAAAGUAUUAAUAAUAAUAAUAAUAAUACGCUAAUAAUGCGAAUAAUGACCACGGUGUACACCGACCCUACCAGAAUCAACUGA